AUGGAGACGAGGCCCGCAAGAGGCGAGAAAAAUAAUGGAACGUUGAGACACAGAAAUGACGUGUCAUACUGCACCUUGCUUCAAAAUCUCAAUUGUGUGAAUCCAAAUGAAGAAUUGUUCUACAAAGGUAAUGAACUGAAGAUGUGCGACUGUCCCAGCCCGUGUCGCUCCACCACCUACACAACCUCCCUCUCCUUCGUCGAGUUCUCCAGACCCUUCAAACAGAGUCUGGCCUUGUCGAGGAGCCUGGUCCCCGACAUCACGGUCCACUCCGCUAGGAAGGUCCAAGCCUGGGUUCUCCUGAACAUAAUCAACCCCACCAUCACAGAGAUGUUGGCAGAUCUCGGCCUUCUGCUUCUGCGAGACUACGCCACGCGGUGGAGAAGACUGGCUUCCACCACUCACCAUUUCCUUAACGAAAUCCAGAUCUUGGCGGACUUUGUUUCUCAACACGAUUUGAAGACAAUCGUGAUGGCGGAAUUGAAACCAGAAGACGAAAUCGUCCAGACUUGGCAAUUUCUUCUUCACGCUGUGUCCAGAAUCAACAGGUCAGUGACAUACAACACCAAUACAUGGUUUUUUCUCGUAGAUGACCUAGUCUUUGAAAACCUGGAUUCUGACAUGGCUGUGACAAGUCUGAAUAAAACCAUAAAGAAUGACAACGGGUGGGUGGAUGCUUUCAUCAGCGGCACUGAUGAUACCGUUGAAACAUUUAACAGAUACAAUGAUAUCAUAUUCAGCUUCAUCUCGGCUGCUACCGCCGUAUUACAGAAUUAUACUUACGGUGCAAAUGAUUCGACUAUAUCCGGAAUUAGUUCGGCAGUUUCCGUGAACGGCUCGACAGAGUUACGCUACUUGUUUGCCGACAUGAACGUAUUUAAUAUCAUUGUUAAAGAAAAGUCGUCUACCAUAUUGGACCAGUACAAAGCUGACAUGACAAAAGCAAGGAAGAUGUGGCAAGGAACAAAAUACGAGGAUGAUCCUGAUUUCUACAGUGACAAUCUGGUGACUGUACAGAUCUACUUUAAAGAUCUUGGAGUACAGGAGUCAAAGAAGUCACCGGCCUAUUCAACUGAAGGACUGUUGUGUGAUAUUGGCGGCAGUAUUGGGUUGUGUCUUGGAGGAAGUGUUCUGACUCUGUUUGAAGUGUUUGACAUUUUAGCCAUUCUCUUUGGAAGCAGGAGAAAGCCAAUGACAGAUUCGGAAUUGCCAGAAAACAGAGAUGGAAGUUAGAGCAUCACCCAUGUCUUGAGAUGUUAUUUGAUAGCGUCACCAAGUUCACCACCCUUUAUCGGAAUGCUGUCGUGGUUGUCUUAUCAGUCUCUUGUUUGUACUGUGCAUUGACACUUUGACAAUUAUCUCAGACUCUCAUGAUAAUAAAACAAUAUU